AUGUUUAACUACUCCGCUGCCCUUGUGGCAUUCGCUAUCGCCCUCAGCCUUUAUGUGCAUUGGACCAACCAACUCUCCGUCUAUGGAUUUGGAGUAGCCCUCGCUCUCCUUGCGGGAUACUUCACAAAUGCAUAUCCUCUUGUCAUCGCCCUGGUUCUAUUCGUCACUUCUCUCAUCUGUCUCCUGGCUCUUAUCGCUAGCUCUCGGCUGUUUGUUAUAUCCGUCUUGCUCUCAUCAUUCCUUGCCGCAUACACCGGUCAGCCAAGGCACUAUUUCUGGCUGGGCCAACUUGUCUGUCAUAUCUGGAUGAACGACCAAUUGAGCGUAUUUUACAUCCUCUGCCAAUACUUCAUCUAUGUGUGGCUUAAGGGGACUUGGUCUCCUCGGCCCCAAGCUCAAACUUGGACUUCAAUCUUCCGAUCCUUGAGCCUCAGCCUGGAUUUUAUCGUUUCUUGUAUCGAUGCGUAUCUAUCACACCUUUUGCUGCUGUCAAAGUAUCUUUGCCAGGCUUCUGAUAAGGUGUUAUACACUACAAUUCAGCUUGCGAAAAGCGUUUUAUGGGCGUUUACGCAAAACGACCAUUGGUGCCCUGACAGGAAGAUUGACGAGAUCGCACGAGUACGUGCCGAACAUGCGGCCAGGAGAAGACGUGAACGCCCCUCUCGUGAAGCUUCGUGUCGCCAGUACGAAGAUGCUCUCCAGAAGUCCCAUUAG